GGCCGCUCGGCAAGGGAAGGAGCGGCGGCGCUUCAAGAUGCGCUGCCUGACUAUGCCCACUCUGCUCCGGACCCUGGCCCAGGCUGCACGAGCAGGGCACCCCACUGGCCGGAGCCUCCACAGCAGCACAGUGGCAGCAACCUACAAGUUUGUGAACAUGCGGGAGCCCUCGAUGGACAUGAAGUCGGUGACGGACAGGGCAGCUCAGACCCUGCUGUGGACUGAGCUCAUCCGAGGCCUGGGCAUGACCCUGAGCUACCUGUUCCGGGAGCCUGCCACCAUCAACUACCCAUUCGAGAAGGGCCCUCUGAGCCCUCGCUUUCGGGGGGAGCAUGCUCUGCGCCGCUAUCCAUCAGGGGAGGAGCGCUGCAUCGCCUGUAAGCUCUGUGAAGCUGUCUGCCCUGCCCAGGCCAUCACCAUCGAGGCCGAGCCGCGGGCCGAUGGCAGCCGCCGGACCACCCGCUACGACAUCGACAUGACGAAGUGCAUCUACUGCGGCUUCUGCCAGGAGGCCUGCCCUGUGGACGCCAUCGUCGAGGGCCCCAACUUCGAGUUCUCCACCGAGACGCAUGAGGAGCUGCUGUACAACAAGGAGAAGCUGCUCAGCAACGGGGACAAGUGGGAGGCCGAGAUUGCCGCCAACAUCCAGGCGGACUACCUGUACCGCUGACGCCCCCGCCGCCCAAUAAAGAGCUCUGCCUCCCGCGC